AUGGAUUGCCAAAAUCUGGAGGAUGCUACUCCGUCUCGCUCUGGCAAUCGCGUUCCUCGCCCACGCAAUGCCUUCAUGAUCUUUCGUUCCGAGUUCUGGGCGGAAGAGAAAAUCAAUCGAAAGGUUGAACAUGAUCACCGUCACAUUAGUCGAAUCAUUGGUCAUUGCUGGAACCAGAUGUCAGAGCCUGAAAAAGACGUUUGGCGUAGAAAGGCCGAGCAAGAGAAAGCCGACCAUGAACGCAAACACCCAGGGUAUCGCUUCUGCCCCACCAUUCGUACCAAGAAACCUAUCAAACGAAAGGUGAAGCGCAAUGGAGAAAGUGAACUCCUCCGCUGUCGUCAAGUGGCGGAAUUGCUGCUUGCGGGAAAGGAGGGCGACGAGCUAGCCACUGCCGUCAUGCAGAUAUCUCCUCCAAGCACGCUGCAAACGGAGUCAUUGGAAGCCAUCCCGUCCAUGACCCAGGAAUCAGUGAACAAUGAUUGUUGGCCUGACAGAGCAGAGCUCGACCUCCCGCCUUUCCGCAGCCCCUUACUACCUCCUCCGACUUUGCAAUGUGCUACUUCGUCUCCACCUAUCCCUCUCCCCACAGCCUCAUCCUGCGCUGAUCUCAUCGCACCUAAUUUCCCUUCAUGGUAUUCGGAUUGGGGAGCAGCCUUUUCAAUGGUUCCUGGUCAAUACCGUGCGGUUGGCGAAAAUUCGUAUAUGUCCCUAUCUAGCGCCGACGCAAACCAGCCCUCCAGCGAAGUUCUUUGGCAGACCAGUCACGUCCCCACACAUUACCCACCAGCGUCGGAGCCCAUACCUGCUUUGCCCUUCGUCUAUCCUAUUCCUUCCUACGCUUCGCUUUUUGAUCCAUUUACUUAUGAUAUUUGUGAAUUUCCUGAUAUGCUUGGUCCCAGCCAAUCAUCCUGCCCUUCUGAAUUAAGCUUUACGUUUUCGUGGAAUCCUUUAGCUACCAGCUACUAA